AUGGGCGGCAAGAGUCUAGUUUGUGGCACACAGACAGAUCUGCUGCUGAUAUUCUCGCGACCCAACAUUGCCUGGCACACUGGCAAAGUCAAAGGGCAUCCCGAUUCGGUGGAUGCGCUGAUGAAGAUUGAUGAAGACACCAUGGUCACAGGAUGUGGAGAUGGAGCCAUCAGACUGGUGAAUGCCUCCUCAAGAAAGAUCUGUGGGACGUUGGGACGUCAUGGCAGCGAGCCAGUGGAGAGGCUUUGCAUGUCUUCGGAUGGUUUGGUCUUGGGGAGUAUUGGUCAUGACUCUGCUGUCUGCCUUUGGGACAUGUCGUCGACUGCGCAGAGCAGCGCAUCCAGCGGUGAAAUGGAUGAGGGCAGUGAUGACAGCGAGGAGGAGAAAGUAGAACAGCCUCAGGCCAAGAAACGAAAGAUUCCAGUCAUGUCAACAUUUUUUGCCGACCUAAAUGAUGACGCAUCGGGAAUUUAG